CAUCGCAGCAAAUCCUCUAACUAUCAUGGCAGGGCAAACUGGGAUGGUCGAUCCGGCCAUCUUCCAAGGCCUUCAAGCUCGCGUGGACGAGGAUACCGCGCUUCGUGACGAGCUGCGCGACCUCGUCCAGGCGCUCGAGAAGAACAACCGCAAUAUCUCGUUUGUGCUGUCCAGAGCCCAUUCAACACCAGUCGCCGAUCUUGCCGGCGUCCUGCAAUCAGCCGAAGAGCCUAUCCAGGAUGCGGUUAAGACCGUGUCCAAUCUCUCGGAGACGGCGUCGAAGCAGUCGUACUACAAGUUCAACAAUAUGUGGUCGCGCCAGAUGCAGGAUGUGGUAUACGGGAUUCUGCUAUGGGCAUGGCUCGGCGGAAAGGACCUCGACGGUGGCGAAGCCAAGUGCGGGCGGCUGUUGACUAUCGAAGAGGUCGGCGAGGUUCUCAAGGUCCCAGUCAAUCUCAAGGACAGAGACGCGUUCCACCUGACGAUCGAAGAGUACCUCAUUGCGCUGACCACUCUUUGCGAGGACCUGACUCGUCUCGCGCGCAAUGCCGUCACGCUCGGCGACUACGAACGUCCGUUGCUCAUCAAUCAAUUCGUCAAGGACGUCCAUGCCGGCUUCCAGAUCCUCAAUUUGAAGAACGACAUAUUGCGCAGGAAAAGCGAUGGUCUCAAAUAUAGGGUCAAGGACGUGGAGGACGUUGUCUACGAUCUGUCGCUGAGGAAUUUGCUGCCGAAGAAGGAGCAGAAGUAAGGGCAAUAGAGGGCGAUACAGCACCGUGCCGUCUGUGUGUGGCGUAUGGGUGUGGCGCACAUUCAAGCUUGAAUUCGCUGAAAAGCAUCGGGAACCUUAGCCCACGGAAAACCAAGGCAGGUAGCAAUAGUCGUAGACUAGCUAUGAGCGACAGUAUGCUCAUACGAGAAUCGGAAAAGCCCUUCGGCAAUCAUUG